AGAACAUCUACCUCUCCGCUGAGCUUGGUCAGAUUUUCAGUCGGAAUUAACAUCCUGAAGAUCACAGCUCCGGAAUGGCACCCAGACCUUUCCAGCAACUCUUCCUCGCUGCUCUGAUAGCCCUUGUACCUCACGCAUCCGUUGUAGUUGGCCAUAUAUGCAGUGGUUUAGACCCAAAUGAAGUGUGGCUUCCUACUGGGAGCAGCCAGACCUUCACUUCCAAGAACCACCCAUGGCUCUACGGACCGUUUGACAGUGAAUCCUGGGUUUUCUGUGCCGAGAACCCCUAUCACCGGAUAGAGAUUACUUGCGACAGUUUCAGCGUUGGCUGGGCAUCCCCAACUUGCCCGGACGACUAUCUCGUUAUCUCCAACACUGACGCAGAAAACACCUACUGUGGGACUAAUGGGCCAGAGAGUAUAGAGACCAACGAUCGUGGAACGGUAGUCGACUUUACCGUAAAAACAAUCAUCCCUUUCUAUCCGGGCUUCAACUGCACUGCCACAGCGGUCAACCCUGUCUGCAGAGACGAAAGCAACCCGAAAGAGAACGAGGUUUGGCUGGACACGUGGGACAGCGCGACCUUCACGUCCCCGAACUACCCUUCGGAGUAUGGUGCUGGAGACAGCACGUACUGGGUUUUCUGCGCCACUGACCCAGACGACAGGAUACUGAUUCACUGCACCGACUUCAGUGUUGGUUUGUGGUUUUUUGUCUGCUUAGGCGACUUCCUUAACAUCCCCUUUGCUUCUCCCGAAAAGUACUGCGCUACUGCUGGUCCGACGAAUGUGUUGACAACAGAGCGAGGGACAAAUGUCAGCCUUACCGUCACAGAGACAAUUCACUUCAAAGGGUUUAACUGCACGGCAAAAGCUGUAAACCCUGAUCCAGUCACCACCACUUCUGAAACAUCGACCACAGGAGGAACCACAACCACAGAAUUAACCACUGUUGAAACUACAUCCACAGGGGAAUAUACAACAGCACUGCCAAACAAUAUGUGCAGUGAUGCAAAUAGCCCGGCAGAGAACGAGGUUUGGCUGGACACGUGGGACAGCGCGACCUUCACGUCCCCGAACUACCCUUCGGAAUAUGGUGCUGGAGAUAGCACAUACUGGGUUUUCUGUGCCACUGACCCAGGCGACAGAAUAUUGAUUCACUGCACCGACUUCAGUGUUGGUUUGUGGUUUAUUGGCUGCUUAGGGGACUUCCUUAGCAUCACUUUUGCCUCUCCCGAAAAAUACUGUGGUAUGUUUGGUCCGACGAAUGUGUUGACAACAGAGCGAGGGACAAAUGUCAGCCUUAGCGUCACGGAGCUCUUUCACUUCACCGGAUUUACUUGUACAGCAAAGGCUGUAAACCCUGAUCCAGUCACCACCAAUUCUGAACCCUCGACCACUGGAGAAACUACAACCACUGCCGAAACCACAACCGCGGGUGGAUCUACAACCGCUGCUGGAACCACAACCGCGAGUGGAACAACAACCGCGGGUGGAACAACAACCGCGGGUGGAACUACAACUGCUGCUGGAACAACAACCACGGGUGGAACUACAACUGCUGCUGGAACCACAACUGGGGGUGGAACAACAACCGCGAGUGGAACCACAACCGCGGGUGGAUCUACAACCACUUCUGCAACCACAACCGCGGGUGGAACUACAACUUCUGCUGGAACCACAACUGCGGGUGGAACAACAACCGCGGGUGGAACCACAACCAUUGCCGGAACAACAACCGCUGCUGGAUCCACAACCGCGGGUGGAACGACAACUGCUGCUGGAUCUACAACCGCGGGAGGAACAACAACCGCUGCUGGAACAACAACCGCUGCUGGAACCACAACCGUGGGUGGAACAACAACCGCUGCUGGAACAACAACCGCGGGUGGAACCACAACCGCUGCUGGAACCACAACCGCGGGAGGAACAAGAACCGCUGCUGGAACCACAACCGCGGGAGGAACAACCGCUGCUGGUACCACAACCGCGGGUGGAACAACAACCGCUGCUGGAACCACAACCGCUGCUGGUACCACAACCGCGGGUGGAACAACAACCGCUGCUGGAACCACAACCGCGGGUGGAACAACAACCGCUGCUGGAACCACAACCGCGGGAGGAACAACAACCGCUGCUGGAACCACAACCGUGGGUGGGACAACAACCGCUGCUGGAACCACAACCGGGGCUGGAACAACAACCGCGGGUGGAACAACAACCGCUGCUGGAACCACAACCGGGGGUGGAACAACAACUGCGGGUGGAACAACAACUGCGGGUGGAAGAACAACCGCUGCUGGAACCACAACCGUGGGUGCAACAACAACCGCUGCUGGAACCACAACCGUGGGUGGGACAACAACCGCUGCUGGAACCACAACCGGGGCUGGAACAACAACCGCGGGUGGAACAACAACCGGGGGUGGAACAACAACCACUGCUGGAACCACAACUGGGGGUGGAACCACAACCGCGGGUGGAACCACAACCGCUGCUGGAACCACAACCCUGCUGGAACCACAACCGUGGGUGGAACAACAACCGCUGCUGGAACCACAACCAUGGGUGGGACAACAACCGCUGCUGGAACCACAACUGCGGGUGGAACAACCACUGCUGGAACCACAACCGGGGGUGGAACCACAACCGCUGCUGGAACCACAACCGCGGGUGGAACCACAACCGCUGCUGGAACCACAACCAUGGGUGGGACAACAACCGCUGCUGGAACCACAACUGCGGGUGGAACAACCACUGCUGGAACCACAACCGGGGGUGGAACAACAACCGAGGGUGGAACAACAACCGGGGGUGGAACAACAGCCGCUGCUGGAACCACAACCGCGGGUGGAACCACAACCGCUGCUGGAACCACAACCGGGUGGAAACAACACGCUGCUGGAACACACAACCGCCGGGUGGAACACAACCGCUGUGGAACAACAACCGGGGGUGGAACAACAACCGCUGCUGGAACCACAACCGCGGGUGGAACCACAACCGCUGCUGGAACCACAACCGCGGUGGAACCACAACCGCUGCUGGAACCACAACCGCGGGUGGAACCACAACCGCUGCUGGAACCACAACCGGGGUGGAACACAACCGCUGCUGGAACCACAACCGCGGGUGGAACCACAACCGCUGCUGGAACCACAACCGCGGGUGGAACACCGCUGCUGA